UGUAGGAGCUUUAUUGAUAAUUGCCCAAACACAGAAACAACCAGAAUGCUCUUUAGUUGGUGAAUAAAUAAACACUGUUACAGCCUGACAAUGGAAUAUUAUUCAGCACUAAAAAGAAACGAACUCUCAAGACAAGACAUGGAGAAAGCUUAAAUGCAUAUUACUAUGAGGAAGGAAGCCAAUCUGAAAAGGCUAGCCACUUCAAGAUUCCCAUUAUAUGCCAUUCUGGAAAAGUCAAAACCAUGCAGUCAGUGGAAAGAUCAGCGGUUGCCAGGUGUUGCGGAAGAAAGGGAUGAACAGGAGCACUAAGGAUUUUCAGGGCAGUCAAACUAUUCCGCAUGAUACUAUAAUGGUUGAUCAAUGUCAUAUAUUUGCCAAAACCCAUAGAAUAAAACACCAAGAGUGAACCCUAAUGCAAACUCUGAAUUUUGGGUGAUAAUGAUGUGUCAAUGUAGGGUCAGUGAUCAUAACAAAGGUACCACUUUGGUGUGGGAUGUUGACAGUGGAGGAUGCUGUGCAUGUGUGACAGUAGGGGUACAUACGGGAACUCUAUUUUCUGCUCAAUUUUGCUGUGAACCUGAAAGUGUUCUAAAAACUAAAGUCUAUUUAAAAAAAUCCACUGUUUCACCUAAUUCAACACUUCACUCCCACUCUGAUAAUCUCUGGCAACCACUGAUCUGUUUACUCUCUGUAUUUAAAUUUAAUUAAAAUAAUUUUAAAACUGUUUUGCUAUUUUUAUAAUAAUCAAUAUAUUUUGAUUGGACUUUUAUAGUGAGCACUUUCUUUGGAAAUGAGUGUCUGACCUUCAAAAAAGUUAUAGUUGUUAUCAGUUAUCAUAAGAGGUGGGGCCCACCUCUUAAGGUAGCAAUAAAAUCUUAUUUAUGGUUGAAAAAGGUCAGGUCAUUGCGCCACUUCUCUUUGCAGGUUUCUGUGCAAUCCAUCAGGGGACAGCUGGGACUAAUCAUUUAAAAAACUUUCCAGCCUGCUAAUUUUACCAUACCUCACAUUUUUGUCAUUCCUGGCCAAAAUCCAAAGGGCAAGUCCCUACUGCAGCCUCAUUUUUUUUUUUUUUUCUGUACUUUCUGCUCCCCUGACGAAAGCUUCCACUGUCUCCCAUCCUAACUUUACCACUACGCCCUCUAGAAUGCCUUUUCCUGAUAAGCAAAACCCCCUGAGUCGUUGGCGUCUCGGAAGAGGCUCCUCCACUUUCCGGUUUUGGCAGAAUCCUUGAUCUGAGCCAGGCCUUUUCCCAGGGGUUCUGACCCUCUUCACUUCCUUUUCCCCGGAGGACUCUGGCUCCCGGCUAGCAGGCAGCCCACUUCCCCCGGCCGCUUCCUUCCCCCGGGAUGACACGUUUCUACAGGCGGACUCUUCUAAUUCAUACUAUUUCCCUACCCCCGAGGUGGCUCCUAGCACCCCCAGGCCUGUUCUACCUGUAAAAUCUUGACACAUUUCAACUACUACUUCUGAUCCUUUCCUCCCCGUCCAGCCUUCGCUCUUAGGCUGCCGAGCCUGGACUGCUUGUCAUCCCCUCAGGCGUCUCCCCGGCCCUCCUUGCUCUUCAGCCUUCCCGGCGGAGCGCAGCUCCUGACCAAACCCACGGCUCGCCUUCUCCACCUGCUCCGCGCGCCUCGCACGUGUCUGGGGGGAAACACAUCCAAACGUCGACUUAAAUGAUGCAAGGCCGAGGACCGUGAGAGGCAGUCUCCACUUUUUCAUCUUUCUUCAUGUGCACAGUAAUAAGCUCUUACUACUUCUCAGCAUAAGUAACUCGCCUUUUGCGGAGCAGCCUCCGCCGCCGAAUGGUCAGAGCCCGGAGGAAUCCGCACCAGGAUCGUAGAGCAUGACGGGCCGGGGGCGCGACGAGGAUUGACGAGCCGGGAACAGGGCGGGGCUUGAGGGCGCGGGAGGGUGGGGCGAGGCAUGACGGCCCUGGCGGGGGGAGUAGGCGGGGCUUGACGGGCCUGGGGGUGGGGCGAGUUAUGACGGGCCGGGGCGUGGGCAGGGCUUGAGGGUCCAGGGGACUGCGUGGGGCCUGACGGGCCGGUGGGUGGGGCGGGGCUUGAAGGACUGGAAGGGUGUGGGCGGGGCUUGAUGGACAGGGGCGGUGCGGGGGCGUGAGCAGCACGCGCCUUGCGCUCCCUGGUUGCGAGGUCUGGUUAGGGCGCGGGCCGCGCGCGCCGCCGCCGCCGCCACCACUGUCCUCUUCGGAGGCGCGGGCCCGACGGAAACCAUGUUUGUGGCUCGCAGCAUCGCGGCGGACCACAAAGAUCUCAUCCACGAUGUCUCUUUCGACUUCCACGGGCGGCGGAUGGCAACCUGCUCCAGCGAUCAGAGCGUUAAGGUCUGGGAUAAAAGUGAAAGUGGUGAUUGGCAUUGUACUGCUAGCUGGAAGACACAUAGUGGAUCUGUAUGGCGUGUGACAUGGGCCCAUCCUGAAUUUGGACAGGUUUUGGCUUCCUGUUCUUUUGACCGAACAGCUGCUGUAUGGGAAGAAAUAGUAGGAGAAUCAAAUGAUAAACUGCGAGGACAGAGCCACUGGGUUAAAAGGACAACUCUGGUGGAUAGCAGAACAUCUGUUACUGAUGUGAAGUUUGCUCCCAAGCACAUGGGUCUUAUGUUAGCAACCUGUUCGGCAGAUGGUAUAGUAAGAAUCUAUGAGGCACCAGAUGUUAUGAAUCUCAGCCAGUGGUCUUUGCAGCAUGAGAUCUCAUGUAAGCUAAGCUGUAGUUGUAUUUCUUGGAACCCUUCAAGCUCUCGUGCUCAUUCCCCCAUGAUCGCCGUAGGAAGUGAUGACAGUAGCCCUAACGCAAUGGCCAAGGUUCAGAUUUUUGAAUAUAAUGAAAACACCAGGAAAUAUGCAAAAGCUGAAACUCUUAUGACAGUCACUGAUCCUGUUCAUGAUAUUGCAUUCGCUCCAAAUUUGGGAAGAUCUUUCCAUAUUCUAGCAAUAGCAACCAAAGAUGUGAGAAUUUUUACAUUAAAGCCUGUGAGGAAAGAACUGACUUCCUCUGGUGGGCCAACAAAGUUUGAAAUCCAUAUAGUGGCUCAGUUUGAUAAUCAUAAUUCUCAGGUCUGGCGAGUGAGUUGGAAUAUAACAGGAACGGUGCUAGCAUCUUCAGGAGAUGAUGGGUGUGUAAGAUUGUGGAAAGCUAAUUAUAUGGACAAUUGGAAGUGUACUGGUAUUUUAAAAGGUAAUGGGAGCCCAGUCAAUGGGAGUUCUCAGCAGGGAACCUCAAAUCCUUCCCUAGGUUCAAAUAUUCCAAGUCUUCAGAAUUCAUUAAAUGGAUCUUCUGCUGGCAGAAAGCACAGCUGAGUACAAGCUAACUGGAGUAACUUUGCUGUUUUGCUGCUUGUUGCAUGCACACAGGAAUGGAAAGCGAGCUCCUUUUCCCCUUCCCCAGCGCCGUUUGACCUCUCCCAAGAUACACCAGCAGCCUGCUUACUACUAAACGCAAUCCAAAAGGCCUUUAAAAAUACAGUGUAUUUUUUUUGUACUAGUCAGUUUAUUGACACUAUUUGAAACUUUUGAAAUAUAAACGGAGAGGCUUUCUGUUGAGACAUUGUCACCAAAACAAUUUUUUGAAAUGUUCCUGAAACUAAUUUGGGUUUAAAGAUUAAAAGGGUUGUUACCAUUCUUAUCUGAGUAGUUGGGAGGAGGGGAAAUACCACUUUAUUUCAUUUGGAAAAUAUAUACAUAUUUCUUUUGCUUUCUUAAAACAGCUUAAAAUGAUGAACUUUUAUAAUUUUAAUUUGAAGAUUGAAUAAAUAUUUUUUAUAAAGAUUGUUUUGAGUGCUGAUUUGUUUACUUUUUGUAGAUUUGCUUUAUCCGUGAUAUUCAGUACAACUCUGUCAUUUCUUUGUAAUAUUUAAAAAAUAUUAGUAAAGGAGUGAAUUAAUAAAGUAGUAAUAGUAAAAUGAAAGGAACUUAACUGUACAGUUUGUAGCCAGGUUAAGCAUUUCGUAUUGUUUCAUUUACAAUUUGGGACUAAGAUGGAAACACUUUUUUAUAAAUUUUUAAUUCAUAGUCACUAAAGAGAUAAAUGUUUCUUAUAUACAUUUGUAUAUUUUUAUGGUGUUAUUUAUUCCAUGGCUUAGUUUCCUUCAAAUCGAAAUUUGGACACACACUAUUAAGAGAAGCCAUUAAAAUUUUACUAAAAUUGUGCAUGUAAAUUAAUGUCAGCAUUCCAUGUCUCAAGAUUUUCUUAAUUUAGUUGGCUGUUUAAAUUAAUUCAUAUCCUGUAAAGCUCUGACCUUGAUAACAAAGCUAUAAAUAUUUAAGUUUGCUAAGAUGCGUAAGUAUUACCGGUAAGUUACAAGAUGGAAGAAGAAUAACAGUAGGGCACAGUCAUUCUGUGAAUCCUUUUACUUAUCAAAAUUUGGUAGCUAUUCUAAGGCUUUUGCAGAAAAAUAAGUGUUCAAUGUUUGUAGUUCUUCAAAAGCAUGUUGCAGUAGCCAGCCAUACUAUGUGUAUUCCCAGUAUCAUGUAUGCACUAAAAAAAAUGUGUGCUUGCUGCUGCUGUGAGUGAACCAUUGCUUAAGAUAAAAAACUUAUUAGAUUUGUAAAUGUACAGAAUAGCAUCAGAUGUUUCUGAGAGAUUAGAAAAUGUUUUGAAUUUAUAAAAUUAAUGUUUUUCUUUGUAACAUUUAUAUUGUUUUUUUGACAUUUUAAGUUUAACAGAUUGUAUUCCUUUCAAGUUUCUAUACUUGCUUAAGCAAUCUUGAUUUGAGUAAGGGUCUUGAUUUGUGCUAUUAUGUUCUGUUAGUUUUGGCAUGAAUAUACUAAAGCUUUUUUUUUUUCUAGCAUGUGUUUUCUCCUCUUUGGUUCUCUUUGUAUUUACUACUUUUCUCUUUUUCUUGUGUUUUUUUUUUUUUUUCCCUGUUUUUGUUUUGUUUGGUGUUUUGUUCCUGUCUUCGUUGUUUCAGGUAUUUCUUUCCCCCUCUGGAUUCCCCACGGGCUGGAUCGAGAUGGUCCAGUUAUGCCCAGCUCCUUCCUCCUCCUCCUCCUCCUCUGGUAGAGCACUCUUGCGAUGCUGACACUGCCAACCUCCAGUAUCCUCACCCUCGCAGACGAUAUCUCUCUCGGCCUCUUAAUCCCUUACCUGAGAAUGAAGGGGUUUAAAAUACUGAUCUAACAUUGAAAGGCCUUAUUCAAGUGCUUGUAAAUGCUUUCAUUUCUGGCUGCUUUUUGUUUUUCUUCAUUUUCUUUCAGAAGAUUUUUCUAACUUAGGGUCUGUCUUGCAUGUAUUACAACCAGAAUACAGUGUUUAGAACCUAAAUCUGUUUGUGCGUCUGCAUCAAAGGAACAUUUGCUUCACUGGGUGAUAACCUUUGAUGAAAUGAGAUAUGUCCAAGUGACGUUAACUGUGAAGUUACACACAGUAGCUGACUUCAAAGUGCCUGUUCUGUAAAUUGUAUUUUAAACUGUUACCGUAGUCUUAAGUUGUUUAUGCUUUAUCAGACUGGCUAAUGUGAAAGCAUAUUAUCAUGAAGUUUAUUCUGCCUUUGAGACCUUAAAAAAUGGAUUUCAUUUUACAGGCAAAUGUUGCAACUGACUAGUAUGUAAAAUAAAUCAUUCCUGUGUAUAAAGCAGCAAAACCUAA